UGGGCAUUGGACGUUGGAAGUGAAACCGGUGAAGCCGGAAAAUCUUGUCGCCGGGAAAACGAAGCGAAUCGAAACCGAAGUGUUGUGCCUUGUGCCGGUCCUCGUCUUCAUCUAUAAAUACUUUGGCAAUGCCGCGCCAACGCUUUAAUUACGUUUUUGUCCUUGACAUUGAGACCACGGCAGCGGAUCGCAGAGGAGCGAUUUGUCAGCGUUUUAAAACGCCAGUGUAAUUGUGACGCGAUUUCCGCAGAAUAACUCGAGUUGAGUGUUUAAGCGACAUGCGGUUCUAUAUAACGACCCAUUUGCCGCCCAUCCUGCUUGCUUUGAUCUGCCUGGGGACACGCCCCCCGCCCAUCGGGGCGGUUAGGGGCGGUGCACCUGUUGUGGUCGCCGAUGACGAUGACGAAACCAUGGAAUACGCCCCGCAAUAUGAGCAUCCGGGCUACGCAUUCAGCUACGGGGUCAAGGAUCUGCACACCGGGGAUGUGAAAUCCCAGUGGGAGUCCCGCGAUGGCGAUGGGGUCAAGGGUCACUACAGCAUACUGGAACCAGACGGCUCCAUACGAACGGUGCACUACACAGCAGAUGCCAAGAAGGGAUUCAAUGCGAUUGUGAAGACAGUGGGGGCCAAUUCGCAUCCCAUCACAGAGAGCCCGGAGGGCAGCAACCACGUUAACGAUGACACCUCGCAGUCAAAGAUCAACCACUACAGUAAGGAUCAGGAGCACAUUGUGCUCAGCUCAGACAUCAAGCCUCUGAAGAGACCCAUCGAGGACUUGACUCACUCCCAUCCGAAGAUCCCGAGCUUGAUUGAGAUCAAGCCGCACGCCAGGAUCAAGCAGGUGCCCAUGGACAUGGAUCCGGGCAUCAGGGACCGUCUGCAGCAGGCCAGGGAUACUUACUACAAGCAAAUAGCCGCUGCCCAUAAGUUAGAGGACUACUCGCAGAAACUUCACCCCACUUACGCGGUGCAGGAGGGCGAUUGGAAGGCGGUGAUUGUGAAUGAGCCCAAGGAGUACCGACCCCAUUACACCACAGCAUCCCCGGCACACUCCCAUUUCUACGAGCACUACAAGCCCAAGGAGAUACCCCACAACUACAUACACAAGCCUUCCCUUCCCCAGCAAUCGCUGCACACUAGUUUCUCACCCUCAAAGCCCAGGGUCAGCAUCCCCGAGAGCAUUUCCAACCACGUUCACCAGAAGAAGGUGGUCCACACCACUCCGGGCUUGAAGCACUACAAGUACAAGGGGGUGUCCAAGUCCUACUCCCGACCCGAUUACUCCAGCUACUUCCACCGCAAGCCCAAGAAGCUGCGGCCCCAGCAUCCCAAGCAGAAGCCACGCGUCCAUAGACCCGAAAAGUCCGGGCCGGUUCUGUUCCCAAAGAGCCUAGAGGAGGAGUUUGAGGACUUCGAGGAGGACGAACAGGGCGCGGCGUCGGCCACUCUGGUCCAGAACAUGGUGCGCAAGGACAAGAAGCACAUGGUUCCCAUGUAUGCGGGCGGUCACAGCUUCGAUUCCGGCAGCUAUCGCACCUUGGAAGGAGUCUAGGAGUCUAGGGUUAAGAGUGCCUCCCAUCUUUAUUUAUUUUGUUCGUUCUAUAAUUAAUUUAUUUGCUUAGUCAUGUAAUGUUUAGAAAUUGUUUGUCUAAUAAAAAAUGUCCAAAAA